CUACAGUGGCAACGUUUCCCUCCGGACCCUUCCGGUAAGGUCACUCGGACGGUUUUGCGCAUGGCCGGAAAAAGCGCGCGGAUUUCUUUUCCUGGGACGCUGGAGCUUUUAGAAGCACUUCGCUUUCGGCGGCCGGUCUUCUAGUGAUUCAUUAGAUUUGCCCUCGGCUUAGGGUCAGAGCUGUAGGCGCUAUGUCGGGCCGAGAAGGUGGCAAAAAGAAGCCCUUGAAACAGCCCAAGAAGCAGACCAAGGAGAUGGACGAGGAAGAUAAGGCUUUCAAGCAGAAACAGAAGGAGGAGCAGAAGAAACUCGAGGAAAUGAAAGCCAAGGCAUCGGGCAAGGGCCCCCUGGCCACAGGUGGAAUUAAGAAAUCUGGCAAAAAGUAAGCUGAAGUUGUAUCCUGGAGCCUGUUAAACAUCUGGAUUCCCUGCCAUAAUAGCUGUGUCACAUACAGCUAGAAUGGAGUGUUAUCCUGAAGCCUAUUG